AUGCACACGGACAAGAUUCACAUCAACGCAGACGAAACUCGGCCUUUACUUUAUUCGGAUCCUUCAUCGACCGUGAAGAAAAAUAGCAACGAGUUUCAAACUUCGGCAAUUUCCGGAAGAAAUACGGACAACCAAAGCCAGGAACCGACUCCGGCGAAAUGCAUGAAGAACUCUCUCCUGAUCGCCUUGAUAUAUCUGCUGGUAUUUACUGGCUAUUCGUCACUGUCUAACCUAGAGUCCAGCCUCAGCCUGGUAGGGGUAGAGGCCCUCAGUGUGGCUGGAGUGGCGUCCGUGUUUGGCUGCUACAUGUCACCACUCAUCUUGGCCAUGGUCAGACCAAAAGCCGCCAUUGCGACAGCCUGGUUUUGUAUGUCUCUGUUCAUCGCAGCGAACUUCUACCCUACACAAUACACCUUAUUCCCAGCCUGCGUCAUGUACGGCUUUGCUACUGGGUCGGCGUGGACAGCUCAGUUAUCCUAUACAACAAACACGGCCAUAACCUACGCCAAACUUACAGGCAAACUCGAGGCUAACACCAUCGCUUUGUCUAACGGUAUCUUCUUCCUGGCAUACGCAAGCGCACAAGUCGGCGGCAAUACUAUAUCCUCCCUCGUACUGGGCAGGACGGAUACAUAUGCAAUUCCGCCAUUGCCUGCGUUUAGUUUUUCUAACUCCUCCUUCGACGACAACAGCACGUCGAUGCUUUUAAUUCAGGACAACGACAACACGACCUUACAAUGUGGCGUGCACUAUUGUCCCGUGUCUAAUAAUGACGUCACUUCCGAGGGACCUCCACAGCAAACCGUCAACACCCUGCUGGGCAUUUUCCUGGGUUGUGUCGGGUUGGGUUUUCUUGUCUCCGUCUUUCUCUUGGACCCAUUAUCUCGCUUCAUUCCGGAAGAGUGCAAAAUCCGGGAACCGAAAGAUGCGCAAUCACUCUUACUCUCACCUCUGAAACAAUUAAAAAAUCCCGGCAUGCUGCUUUUGCUUCCGGUGCUGGUAUAUUCUGGAAUGCAGCAGAUUGUCAUGUUUGCUCAGUAUACAAAAGCUUUCGUCAGUUGCGCCGUGGGGGUCCACUACGUUGGUUACGUGAUGACGUGUAUGGGGCUCUGUUCGGCAGUCACCAGUCUGUUGGCUGGCGUUUUGGCGUUAUACGUCGGGCGGGUGACGUUAUGUCUAAGCGGCUUUGUCAUACAGCUCGGCUUACACCUUCAUCUCAUGAUGUGGACAGAGUUCGACAUUUACAGCCUGUUUGUCACUAGUGGCGCUUGGGGUGUAUCGGACGGACUGCUACAUACUCAGCUGAGUGCUCUGAUUGGGGUGAUGUUCCAGGAGAAUCAGGAUGCCGCCUUCGCUAUUUUCCGGAUGUUGUCGAGUCUGGGGUUCGCCAUUACGUACGGUUACAGCGCUCUCUUGUGUUUCAUCAUGUACUUACGAAAGGACAGACCGUAUGAUCCAGGCUCUCACAGCACACUCUAUGAUAUGACAAGCCCUUUUCUCUUCAAUGCCUUGUCCGGUAAUUAG